GUUACAGGCAGUUAACCUCAAGAUGAGCUAGUCAACCUUCACAAACACUGAACCUCUUCCACAGUCACUAAGCCAUUUGCUUUAAUAUCUCAAAUAAAAGUUAGCAGCACCACACAGCUCUCAGUUUUCGGAGUGCAUUGACCAAAAGUUCUUUGCAAAAAAGAUGACCUUACAGCCUCUGACUGCUGUGAACUGUGCUGGCCUUAUGCAACCAGGCUUCUCCUUAUUAGAGCUGGAUGGUGACGUUUACCUCUUUGGUCAAAAGGGCUGGCCAAAACGCUCAUGUCCAACUGGAAUAUUUGGUGUACGCAUAAAAAACGGAGAACUUAAGCUGCGUGCCAUUUCAUUUUCAAACAACUCUUGUUAUCUCCCUCCCCUCCGAUGUCCUGCGAUAGCUCAUGUUGAGCCUCAUGAUGGCAGUCCUGAGUGUUACCUCAUUCAUGGUGGCCGAACACCCAACAAUGAGCUGUCCUCAAGUCUCUACAUGUUAAGUGUAGACAGCAGAGGAUGUAAUCGCAAAGUCACACUGUGCUGUCAAGAAAAAGAGCUGGUUGGAGAUGUUCCUAGUGCUCGAUACGGCCACACCCUCAGCGUGAUCCUUAGCCGAGGGAAGACCGCCUGCGUUUUGUUUGGCGGCAGGUCCUACAUGCCCCCCACCGAAAGGACCACGGAAAACUGGAACAGCGUGGUGGACUGUCCACCACAAGUCUUUCUUAUCGACCUAGAGUUUGGUUGCUGUACGGCCCACACCCUCCCCGAGCUCACGGACGGCCAGUCUUUUCACGUAGCUCUUGCGAGAGAGGACUGUGUCUACUUCCUUGGCGGUCACAUUCUCAACUCUGAUUGCCGACCACCUCGUUUGAUCCGCCUACGUGUAGAGCUUCUCUUAGGAAGCCCUAUCCUCACCUGUACUGUUCUUCAUGAAGGUCUCACCAUUACCAGUGCCAUAGUUGCUCCUGUUGGCUAUCAUGAGUACAUAGUUUUGGGCGGCUACCAGUCUGAGACUCAGAAGCGCAUGGAGUGCACAUACAUUGGCCUGGAUGAUGUCGGAGUCCACAUGGAGCCUCGUGAACCUCCUCAGUGGACCAGUGAGGUAACCCACAGCCGUACUUGGUUUGGUGGCAGCCUGGGCAAAGGAAGUGCCUUGAUUGCAAUCCCCUCUGAAGGAAACCCAGCUCCACCAGAUGCUUACCAUUUCUAUCAGGUGAACUUCCAGAAGGAACAAGAUGGAGAAACAUCAGCUCAGGGAUGCAGCCAGGAGUCCACUGAUUUUGAGGACUCUGCACCUUUGGAAGACUCUGAGGAGCUAUACUUUGGAAGAGAACCUCAUGAGCUGGAGAAUAGCAGUGAUGGAGAGGGUGACACCUACAACGAGGAAGACGAGGAGGAUGAAUCUCAGACAGGCUAUUGGAUCAAGUGCUGUCUAACCUGCCAGGUGAACCCUAACACCUGGGAGCCAUACUACUCUACUGAGCUCACCAGACCUGCCAUGAUCUUCUGCUCUAGAGGCGAAGGUGGACACUGGGUCCAUGCCCAGUGCAUGGAGCUCCCUGAAAGCCUUUUGCUUCGCCUUUCUCAAGACAACUGCAAGUACUUCUGCUUGGAUCACAGAGUCCUGCCCAUGCAGGAGAUGACUCCACCACGCCAGAUAAUGCCAGUGAAGAGAGUCCCAAUGAAAAUGACCCAUCGCAAAGCUCCUGUUUCAAUGAAAAUGACCCCAGCUAAGAAGAGCUUUUUGCGGAGACUUUUUGACUGAAAUGUUGUUCUGUUCUGUUAUAUCAUAAAAAUGUGUUUUAAUUGUUUUAUAUUAACAGAAAUUGGAUGGUUUCGUUUUUUCACAGAAAUAACAGAAAUUUAUCGUUAAUUGAAUGAAUUUGCUUACAGCAGUAUUAAGAAACUAAAAGCAUUUUUUACCAGACUUGUUUGAUAUUGUUAAACUGAUGAUUUAUGUCUUUUUUAAAAUGGGGGAAGCUUGUGGUUCUUUUUUCUUCAUAAAUAAAGAGAAAUAAUUUUAA